CGCGCGCGCCCUAGUUCACUGGUCUCAUCUAGGGUCUUGGCUUUUUUCUAAUUUCUCCUUGGUUUUUGACUUUCUUCUGACGCUGUUGUCUGCUGCUUACGAGAUGCCGUCUUCUCUACUGGGCUUGGCGAUGCCAGCCUCCACCGGAGCCGCAUCCCUGCAGGAAGCUCUGGAAAAUGCCGGGAGGCUGAUCGAUCGUCAGUUGCAAGAAGACCGCAUGUACCCGGACCUUUCCGAGCUGCUUAUGGUGUCUGCCCCAAAUAAUCCCACUGUUUCUGGCAUGUCAGAUAUGGAUUAUCCUCUACAAGGACCUGGUUUGCUCUCAGUACCCAACCUUCCAGAGAUAAGUUCCAUUCGAAGAGUUCCUCUUCCACCAGAACUUGUUGAACAGUUUGGACAUAUGCAGUGUAACUGCAUGAUGGGCGUGUUCCCGCCUAUCAGCAGAGCUUGGCUUACAAUUGACAGUGACAUAUUCAUGUGGAAUUAUGAAGAUGGAGGAGACCUUGCCUAUUUUGAUGGACUUAGUGAGACUAUUCUUGCUGUGGGGCUUGUGAAACCAAAAGCUGGCAUCUUUCAACCUCAUGUACGACACCUCCUGGUUUUGGCAACCCCUGUGGAUAUAGUGAUUCUUGGACUCAGCUAUGCUAAUUUACAAACAGGUUCUGGAGUUCUCAAUGACAGUAUGUAUGGUGGAAUGCAGUUGCUUCCAGAUCCUUUAUAUUCUCUUCCCACUGAUAACACUUACCUUUUAACAAUAACUUCCACUGAUAAUGGCAGGAUUUUUUUGGCUGGAAAAGAUGGCUGUUUAUAUGAAGUAGCAUACCAAGCAGAAGCAGGUUGGUUUAGCCAAAGAUGUAGGAAAAUAAACCACUCAAAGAGCUCACUUUCUUUCCUUGUUCCAUCAUUGCUUCAAUUCACAUUCUCUGAAGAUGAUCCUAUUGUUCAAAUUGCAGUUGAUAAUUCUAGAAAUAUUUUAUAUACACGAUCUGAGAAAGGAGUAAUACAAGUGUAUGAUUUGGGUCAGGAUGGUCAAGGAAUGAGCAGAGUUGCCUCGGUGUCACAGAAUUCCAUUGUCUCUGCCGCUGGAAACAUUGCUAGGACUAUAGAUCGUUCUGUUUUUAAACCAAUUGUUCAAAUAGCAGUGAUUGAAAAUUCUGAAUCAUUGGACUGUCAGUUACUGGCUGUAACACAUGCAGGUGUUAGGUUAUAUUUCAGCACUUGUCCAUUCAGACAGCCAUUAGCACGACCUAAUACAUUGACACUGGUCCAUGUUCGCUUACCUCCUGGAUUCUCAGCAUCUUCAACAGUGGAAAAGCCUUCAAAAGUGCAUAAAGCUCUUUAUAGUAAGGGAAUUCUACUGAUGGCAGCCUCAGAAAAUGAAGAUAAUGACAUUUUGUGGUGUGUUAACCAUGAUACAUUUCCUUUCCAAAAGCCAAUGAUGGAAACCCAGAUGACAACUCGUGUUGAUGGUCAUUCCUGGGCUCUUUCUGCAAUAGAGGAGUUGAAAGUAGAUAAGAUAAUCACACCCUUAAAUAAGGAUCAUAUUCCAAUAACUGACUCACCAGUUGUUGUGCAACAGCACAUGUUGCCUCCGAAGAAAUUUGUUCUCCUCUCAGCACAGGGAAGCCUUAUGUUUCAUAAACUUAGACCUGUAGAUCAACUGAGGCAUCUACUAGUGAGCAAUGUGGGUGGAGAUGGAGAAGAGAUCGAAAGAUUCUUCAAAUUACAUCAGGAAGACCAGGCUUGUGCAACUUGCCUUAUCCUCGCUUGUUCUACCGCUGCCUGUGACAGAGAAGUAUCUGCUUGGGCUACUCGGGCUUUCUUCAGGUACGGUGGUGAAGCACAAAUGAGAUUUCCAACCACUCUCCCUGCACCCAGUAACGUUGGUCCCAUCUUGGGAUCACCUGUUUACUCCAGUUCUCCUAUGCCUACUGGGAGUCCAUAUCCAAAUCCAUCAUUUCUGGGAACACCAUCUCAAGGUAUACAUCCUGCUGCCAUGUCAACUCCAGUGUGUGCUGCAGGAAACCCAGCCGGUCUGGCUGGACCAGAGAUUGUGUACUCAGGCAAACACAAUGGUAUUUGUAUUUACUUUUCUCGGAUCAUGGGAAAUAUCUGGGAUGCCAGUUUAGUUGUGGAGAGAGUAUUUAAGAGUGGCAACAGAGAGAUAACUGCAAUUGAAAGUAGUGUUCCCUCCCAACUGCUGGAGUCAGUGCUACAAGAACUGAAAGGGCUGCAAGAAUUUCUAGACAGAAACUCUCAGUUUGCAGGAGGACCAUUAGGAAAUCCAAAUACAACUGCCAAAGUGCAGCAGAGACUGAUAGGAUUCAUGCGCCCUGAAAAUGGAAAUACCCAACAGAUGCAACAGGAGCUGCAGCGGAAGUUCCAUGAGGCCCAAGUGAGUGAAAAGGUCUCACUUCAGGCUAUCCAGCAGUUGGUUCGAAAAUCAUACCAGGCUCUGGCUUUAUGGAAACUUCUUUGUGAACAUCAGUUUACUGUCAUUGUAGGAGAACUUCAGAAGGAAUUUCAAGAGCAGCUGAAAAUCACCACCUUUAAAGAUCUGGUGAUCAGGGACAAAGAACUGUCUGGAGCCUUAAUCGCUUCUCUUAUCAACUGCUAUAUUAGAGAUAAUGCUGCUGUUGAUGGCAUUAGUUUACACUUACAGGAUAUCUGUCCCCUUCUAUAUAGCACUGAUGAUGCUGUCUGUUCUAAGGCAAAUGAGCUUCUUCAGCGUUCUCGACAAGUUCAAAAUAAGAUUGAAAAGGAAAGAAUGUUAAGGGAAUCUUUAAAGGAGUAUCAAAAAAUCAGCAGUCAAGUGGAUCUUUCCAAUGUUUGUGCUCAAUAUAGACAAGUACGUUUCUAUGAGGGUGUGGUAGAGCUUUCUCUAACUGCUGCAGAGAAGAAAGAUCCUCAGGGUCUUGGACUUCAUUUCUAUAAACAUGGAGAACCAGAAGAAGACAUUGUGGGACUUCAGGCUUUUCAAGAAAGAUUAAAUAGUUACAAGUGUAUUACAGACACACUUCAAGAACUUGUAAAUCAAAGUAAGGCUGCUCCUCAGUCUCCCAGUGUACCCAAAAAACCUGGGCCUCCAGUGUUGUCAUCUGAUCCCAAUAUGCUGAGCAACGAAGAAGCUGGGCAUCAUUUUGAACAAAUGCUUAAAUUAUCUCAACGAUCCAAAGAUGAGCUAUUUAGUAUUGCCCUGUAUAAUUGGCUAAUACAAGCUGACCUUGCAGAUAAACUGUUGCAGAUUGCUUCUCCAUUUCUGGAGCCACAUCUAGUUCGAAUGGCCAAAGUUGAUCAAAACAAAGUUCGUUACAUGGAUUUACUCUGGAGGUAUUAUGAAAAGAACAGAAGUUUUAGCAAUGCUGCUCGUGUCCUGUCCAAAUUGGCUGACAUGCAUAGCACAGAAAUUUCACUUCAGCAGCGAUUGGAAUACAUUGCUCGAGCCAUUCUUAGUGCCAAAAGUUCCACUGCCAUAUCAUCAAUAGCUGCAGAUGGAGAAUUUCUUCAUGAGUUAGAAGAAAAGAUGGAAGUUGCUAGGAUCCAACUUCAGAUUCAAGAGACACUACAAAGGCAGUAUUCCCAUCAUUCUUCUGUACAGGAUGCAAUUUCUCAGCUGGAUUCUGAGCUAAUGGACAUAACUAAGCUUUAUGGGGAAUUUGCUGACCCAUUUAAACUUGCAGAGUGUAAACUUGCAAUAAUUCACUGUGCUGGUUAUUCAGACCCUAUCUUGGUACAGACACUGUGGCAAGAUAUCAUAGAGAAAGAACUGAAUGAAAGUGUAGCUUUGAGUUCCCCAGACAGAAUGCAUGCUCUUAGUCUCAAGAUUGUGCUCCUUGGCAAAAUUUAUGCUGGCACACCUCGCUUCUUUCCUUUAGAUAAUAUAAUUGGGAACCAGGAUCCAUUCUGGAACAGAAUUAAGAAGCCAUUACAUCUUCUGGAGUGUAUACAUGUAUUAUUGGCAAGAUAUGUUGAAAAUCCAAGCCAAGUUGUAAAUUGUGAGAGGAGAAGAUUUACAAAUCUCUGCCUGGAUGCUGUUUGUGGUUAUCUGGUUGAGCUCCAGUCUAUGAGCUCUUCAGUGGCGGUACAAGCUAUCACUGGGAAUUUUAAAUCUCUUCAGGCUAAAUUAGAACGGCUUCAUUAAUUACUAUAAUGUAUUUUCGUCCUAUUUUAAAUUGUAAAAUAAAAGCUCGCUGACUCCAGAUAGCAGGUGCUCUACAUCUAAAAAUUAACAGCAGUUUUAAUGUAAAUGUGUUUUUGAUAAGUGAGUAAUCAUAUACACACAGCACAUGUACCAAAUGAAUUCUUUUUU